CCUGCGCACUUCAUAUCUCUCGCUAUGUAUCGAGAGACACAUUGUUAUAUCCUACUCCUUACAUUUUCCCAAAUCAAAAUCGGCGUGAUUUUAUCCUUGAUUUGUUUAUUGCACCUUUAUCGUUUGUAUAGCGACAUCUCGUAUAGGGCAAAUCGUUCCGUAUCGGCGCGUUAUCCUUUUUAAUAGUACUAUUCUUAUUAUUUUCCGUAGUUUUCAAUUUCACUCUCUCCAUUAUUAUUUACUUGUUAUGAACGCGACAGUAUUGAAAGUGUAAUCCGUGAGAUAAAAUUCGAGUCCAAAUAACAAAGUACGUGUCAGGAGUGCCGUUUAAAAUAUUGUGCAAUCUUUCGCGUCGUGAACGCAUAUGAAUGCCUUGAAGGAUUGCAUGAAAAAGAGGAAUAAGAAGGCUCAGAAAGAGUAUCAGCGUCGAAGCAAACUUUAGAAUUCGUGAUAACGCGGAUGCGAUCCGCGAUAAUCGGAUUACUGCUGCUGUUGGUAACGGUGCACUGCAACGGCGGGUUGCAGUAUCAACCUCUCGACUCUUAUGUAAACGGAGAGGAGUGUGCCUUGAUCCUGGACGGUCAUGGAAGAACCAGCGUUUACGACUAUACCUAUAAUUUACUUCGCGGAUCGUUCCCCACCACGGGAGGGACUCAAACCUGCAUCACGUACGACGCCGUAAAUCAUGCUUACAUCGAGGCGAGGAAGCGCAUCAACGUCGCGCAGCCAAAGUCGGAGAUGUGGCGACCGGAGGACCUGGCGACGAUCGGCGAGCUGCUUCUCGACAUCACCGCGAAUCUCGCGCAAACAUAUGAACUGACUUACGACGAGGUCGACAAGAGUCUGCCGCUGAUCGACACCUCGAAGACGCUGAUUCGCGAUGUCUGUCCCGCCUUCCUGAGCAACGUGGAAUGCAGAGCGGGCAAGUAUCGGCGGUACGAUGGUCUCUGCACGAAUUUGCAUAAUCCAACAUGGGGAGCCACUUUGUCGCCUUUCACAAGAUUGAUAACCCCUCGAUUCGCGGACGGUCUAUCGGCGCCAAGAAUAUCUGUAACGGGUCGUGAUCUACCAUUAUCACGAAUCGUGUCGCGCACCAUGCACCCGGACGAAGGUUACCACGAUCACGCUGGUACAGUUAUGGUGAUUGCAUGGGGACAGUUCAUGGACCACGAUUAUACCCUGACCGCCACGCCUCUAGAUCCCUUGAACCGAAACGACCCGGAAGAAUGCUGUUCCCGGCCGCCACACCUGAAGAACCCUUAUUGCAACGAGAUCCUCAUACCGGAGGAUGACUACUUCUACAGACUAUUCAACGUGCAGUGUAUGGAUUUCGUUCGCGCUUUUCCUGCAGUUCGACCCGGUUGCCGUCUCGGUUCCCGAGUGCCUUUUAAUCUUCUUACGGGUGUGCUAGACGGUAAUACGGUUUACGGCAUCACGGAAACGUUCGCUAGAAAGCUUCGAAUGAACUAUGGUGGAUUGUUGCGGAUGAAUCCAGUCUUCUCAGAAUAUGGUCUUAAGGAUCUACUACCGCUAAAAUUGGAUAUACCGGACGAAGGAUGCACUCGGCCGAAUCGAUCGAUGUAUUGCUUCGAAGCCGGUGAGAUUCGUGUGAAUGAACAGCUGGUACUUACUUGCAUGCACACUUUGAUGGCACGGGAGCAUAAUCGUCUCGCCAAAGCGCUGGCUGUCGUGAAUCCGCAUUGGGACGAUGAGAUUCUCUUCCAGGAAGCUAGGCGCAUCGUCAUCGCGGAAAUUCAACACAUUACUUAUAACGAGUUCCUCCCGAUAUUACUCGGCAAAGAUGUCAUGGAGAAAUUCGGACUUCUUCUCGAGAAGGAGAAUUACUGGAAUGGGUACGACUCGAGCAUAAAUCCAGGUGUAAUAGACGCUUUCGCCGCUGCUGCUUUUAGAUUUGGUCACUCGUUAUUGCCAACGGCUGUGGAACGAUGGAGCAAAGCACACAAAUUUAUUGCUUCGAAGAGACUGUCAGACUUAAUAAGACGACCUUACGAUUUGUAUCGCGCCGGCGUAUUCGACGAAUAUUUCAUGGGCUUGAUGAAUCAAGUUGCGCAAGCUAUGGACGAUUCCAUAACACAAGAAGUGACGAAUCAUCUGUUCAAAAAAGUGGGAGCAAAAUUCGGAAUGGACUUGGUGUCCUUUAACAUGCAGCGUGGUCGCGAGUUUGGCAUUCCAAGUUAUAUGGAAUUCAGAAAGUAUUGCGGCCUUCCUGAAGCAAGUACUUUCGAUGAAUUAUUCGGUUCCAUGCCGAAUGAAACUGUCAGACGAUACAGCACUAUCUUCGAACAUCCUGCGGACGUCGAUUUAUGGUCGGGCGGUGUAUCCGAGAGACCACUUCCGGGUAGUAUGCUCGGGCCAACCUUCGCUUGUCUGAUUGCAACGCAGUUCAGUCAUUCGCGUCGCGGUGACAGAUUCUGGUACGAGCUGCCGAACCAGCCAUCGUCCUUCACUCCCGAACAACUGAACGAGAUUCGUAAGACGAAGCUCGCCAGAGUGAUCUGCGAUAACACCGAUCUUAUCGAUACGAUACAAAUAUAUCCAAUGGUCCUUCCUGAUCACGAAAUAAAUCCUCGAGUCCCGUGUCGAAGCGGUAUUCUACCCGGCAUCGACUUGUCGAAAUGGGCCGAUUUCCCGGCGACGAGUCACGCCGCACAAUACCGAUGGGUGAAGGAGCAAAUGCUUGACGCGCCGGAACGUUCAGUGAAUCCAGAGCACUACGACAGACAGCAAGCUUACCGAAUCUUCUUUGAGAAUAUUAAUGGCAUUGCUUCGUAUCUGGGCUUCACGAGAAAGUAACCGCAGUGCACCGUAAGGGACACAAACGCCUGAUCGUAAAAUGUCUAUCGCCUAUACAUCAUUGCUGCGCUAAGAUGCAUCAUAAACGUCGAAACGAAAGAAUCGAUACAUCUUUAUGUAAAGCGAGAUGUGUACUGCGCACAGCAGUACUUUCACCUACAAUAAAGUACAAGACAAUAUUUACAGAGUAUGUCAUACUCGUCGUAGGACAUGAGAAUUAAAAAUUUUUCGCGGCAUAUCUAUCGCACUUUAGUAACAACGAACUGAGCUU